UGAACCAGGAAGGUCGAAGGAUUAUGGAAUGUAAACAGGUUUAUUUGACACCCAGGUAUAAACUAAGCUGCUAAAAGUAAAGCAGUGUCUUUUAGCGCUGUAAAAUAGUUUGUGUUUUUUGUUUUUUAUUGGUCUCUAAUUUGACAGAUAGUCAUGAGCAACUGUUCAACCAGCAUGGCUCCUGCUCGCAGCUUCGGAACAGUUUGCAGCCCGCAGCUCACUUCUUCUUUAACACAGAUGUGCAGCAUGUUGGACACCGCUGCAGAGCAAAUGAUGGUCCACAAAGACUUCCAGGCAGCUUUUGAAACAUGCGACAGAGGCCUGGAGAGUCUCGCCAACAUGGAGCAAGAGGACAGCAGAUGUGGAGAUUUUAAGGCUGGUUUCUGCAUCUUAGGGAUUCAAGCACUGGCUGAGCUGAAUCAGUGGCACGGUGUCUUCUCCUGGGUCCUUCAGCAGUACGAGCACCAGGAGACAAUACCGGCUAAAAUAAUGCAGAUGUGCAUACUUCUUUACUCCAAGGUGGGAGAGCCAGCCUCGAUGCAGGAGGCCACCAGAGUUUGGUUGCACUGCCCAUCCAACAGCAGAGUAACGGGGUUCAGGACGGUGGCAGAGCUGUACCUCCUGCAUGUCCUCGUGCCUCUUGGACACAGAGAUGAGGCUGUGGAGCUGAUCGUAGGCGAGGUUGGAAGCACUGCGUUCACAGAAGAACAGAGGCAGACGGCACUGGAUGUUGUGGAAGAAAAAGAGCAACAGAAUCAAGAACCGCCUCUAAAUCCCGGCAUCAGUCCAAACUCUGAGAUCACUGCACAUCCUGUCUCAACUCGAGGAUCUGUAACCCGUAAACUUGAAGCCAUGCUCAGGUUUUUGUACAGAAACGUGUUGGUGACUGGCUCUGGCUCAUUCCCUCUCUGGAGAGUCUUCCUGGCUGCCCUCCUUCUCUACAUGCUUUUUUUCCGCUUGGAUCCAGCUCUUCCAUCUUCAUUCAUGUGGAUUUCCAAACUUCUCCAACUGCUCAGACAGAUGUGGACGGCCAUGUUUGCACCGUACUAUCAGGCUCUCACUCAGAGGCUGUGAAGGACUAGAAAUCACAAUAUGUUUCGUUCAUCAUUUUGAUUAAUAUGGUUUAGUCUCUUUUUCAAAUUUCAUGAAACCUGUGUAAAUACCAGUUUAAUUACUUAUUUUGAAUCCAAAUAAAGAUAUUUCUAUUAGUGUUUACUGUUUUCUGAGUCAGAAACCACUGACUUUUCAUUUUGCCAGAAUGCCUUUAAGCCAGGCCCUUGUGAGUAAAUUGUACUUAUAAAUGCGGACGUCU